AUGUCCUCUUCUGGAAAAACCGGUGGCGAUGCCAAGACGCAGUCGAGAUCCACCAAGGCUGGUCUCCAAUUUCCAGUCGGUCGUAUCCACCGUCUCCUGAAAAAGGGCAACUACGCACAACGUGUCGGCGCGGGAGCACCCGUGUAUCUGGCUGCUGUGUUGGAGUAUCUUGCUGCUGAGAUUCUCGAGUUGGCAGGUAAUGCUGCGCGUGACAACAAGAAACAACGUAUUGUCCCUCGUCAUCUCCAACUAGCCAUCCGGAAUGACGAAGAAUUGAACAAACUACUUGGAGAUGUUAUUAUUAGCCAGGGUGGUGUCGUUCCCUUUAUCAACCCCGAACUCUUGCCUUCGAAGUCGAACAAGGGCAAAAAGGAUGGUGCCUCGCAAGAGGUUUAGAUUCCCGUUGUGUUUUGGCUUUGUAUUUGCACUGUACUUUAUUCUGGUAAUCUACGGUAUACUUCAUGUAACGGCCAUGUUCUCGUCAGAGUGGAAGGAUAUAUUUUCAUCAUACGAGGGUGAACAUACUGAACUUGAGUUUUUGAUAUAGCAAACGUACGCAUGAAUCAAUAUCAAACUUACGUAAGUGCAAUGG